AUGCAGGUCCUUGUAUAUGACAGAUAUGGUCAGGACAUAAUAUCUCCUCUUUUAAAUGUAAAAGAGUUGCGUGAAAUGGGUAUAACAUUGCAUCUGUAAGUUGAAAUCCAAUAAUUUUAUUACUUUGUAGACUGACAUCCUGUUCAGGAGCAAGUUGCAAAUUAAAUUUUUGCUUCAGAUGUACUUAUUAGUUAUUAUACACAACAAUUCAAGCCACUUUGACCACUUUGAGGGGUACAAGCUGGUGACCUUGGCCUCUUACUAUAAAUGGUUACCAAGUUCUUUCCAUUUUUUAAUCAAGAUGUGGUUGAGAAUUGAGACAGUAUAGGUUGGAUAUAAGACUAAAAAUCCACAGCCUCUACUUUUCAAAAAACAUUGUCUACUUAAUAAAACAUCAAGUCUUUCUCUUUGUGUGAUUUAAUAAUUAAUAUUAACUGAGUUGCUUUUAGAGCCAUAUGUAAGAUCCAAAAUGUAGUGUUUAGAUUAAACUUUUAUUUUUUAUGCAGCAUGGUGGGUGCUGUGUUAUCGACUAAACUUUCUUUUUUUCCCUUUAAUUCCCAAAAUCCGAUUGUUAAUUCUCCCUUCUAGCUGCUACAUAUUUUCAUGUAAAUUAGUAAUGAGGAUUUGUGGUGAAAUCAGGAUUGCAACUUCUACCUGAUAAGUUUGAGUAUUCCCAUUUCCUGUUUGCUGGAUAAUGUAUGGAAAUUACAGGGAGAAGUUUCAUUUUAAUCACCUCUGGGAGUUAAAGUGUUAAGUUCUGAUCAAUUCCUUAUAAUGUUGUCCAGGGCCGGGUUGUUCAAAGCUGGGUUAAGAUAACCCAGGGUUAGUGUGAAAUCUGAUUUCAGAUUUGAAAGUUCUAAAGGAAAAUUUAGUUCUAAUCCUUUUGACCACAAUUUGAUGAUUGGAUGCCCUAAGAGGAACAGAGGAAAUUAUGCGGAAAAGGCUUUUGAACAAAGGAUUAAAGAAAUCCGCGUUAAAAUUUAACUCUGGGUUAGAUUUAAUCGGACUUGGAACAACCAGGCCCUCUGCCCAGUUUGAUGAUGCAUGUACUUUAUUUCUCUUUACAGUCUUCUACAUUCUGACAGAGACGCUAUCCCAGAAGUUCCUGCUAUUUAUUUUGUUCUCCCUAGUGAGGAAAAUGUCAAGAGAAUAUGCCAGGUUGGAAACAUUUUAAUUUAUUAUUUGAAUUAAGUAUGUCUUUCCACAGUUUUUUGUAUAAUUUCUCUCAUAACUGACGGUGAAUACGUGAUAAGGCUGUUGGUGAUUUUUUAAAGCAAUGUUAAAUUUUCCUUUUUUUUUGAUAAGUUAGUAUGAGGAGGAGUUUCUUAAAGCAUAUUUUCCAGAUAAUUCUCCAAUGCAAUCUAUGUGAAUGUGGUUAAUCCUUUCUACUCCUGAUCACCACCAUGGUAGUAUCCAUUUAUUAAAAGCUCUUUUUUUACCUAUUUUUGUUAUUUUUUCAGGAUUGCAGAAAUCAACUUUAUGAGUCAUAUUACUUGAAUUUUAUUUCUGCGAUAUCAAGACAUCGUUUAGAGGAUCUUGCUACAGCAGCUCUACAGUCAAAUAGUGUCACUCAAAUCACUAAGGUACAUCAAACUGCAAUUUGCAAUUUAUUCAAAUUGAUUCCUAGGUUCUAGAAAUGCUUAGUAUUGUUAUUUUUUAUAGUGAGACAUAUGCAGGGUUUAAAGUUGGCAGAAGUUUGGCAAACCUGCCUUUUAUUACAUAUGUCAGGAUUCUUGAAGGUGUGUCCAUCAGGGACAAACAGCCUGAGAAGAUUGACUGGAAAUGACUAAGAUAACAUCCUCUUAAGCCAACCUAUCAAUUUAAGGUCAUGGAAAAUAUAAAAAAUGAUUUUUGUGAGAUUGAAAAUGAACAAGCCCCAAAUCAGUGUUUGUCUGUUACUACUUGAUGGAGAGAAUAAGUACCUGUAGAUAUUAAAGUACUCAUUAAUUCUGAAAUCUUGUUUGCAUUAUUCCUUUUUAUUUCCCAAUAGGUGUUUGAUCAGUACUUAAAUUUUAUUUCUUUGGAAGAUGAAAUGUUUACAGUGAGAAAUCAAGACAGAGAUUCAAUAUCAUAUUAUGGUAAGCAAAUUCUUGUUGUCAUUCUGUCAGACAUGGUGACUAACAACUUACAUCUUGUUUAUAGAAAGGUGCCUGGAAUGUACAGAUAUUGAUCACAUUUUUAGUAUCCCUUUGAUGACCCCUAAGAGUGACUGGCACCUAAUUUCUCCUUACAAUAUCAAACAUUAAGGUCAUGAGAGCCCAGGAAUUGAUCACCAAUACUUGAUCAACAAAUUCUCCUUGUCAGCAUCAUAAGGAAAUGUACAGAAAAGAGUGUGGAGAAUAUACAUACUGAUGUUAGGAUAAAAAAUGGUUAAUUAAAAAAAAUGUCUUUAUUUUCCAGCCCUCAACAGACCAGAUGCCAAAGAUACUGACAUUGAGAUGCUAAGAGAUGUUUUAGUGGACAGUCUCUUCAGUGUACUCGUGUCUUUAGGUUAGUUGAUAUUCGUGAAUUUAAGAAAGUGUUCUAGCUUUGUGAACUGUCUGAUCUCCGUUGAGUUUCAAGUACGAAUACUAUGUAAUAUGCUUGUCAAAAUUUUUCCAUGUGAAAGGCAUGGGAGUUUUUGUUUUUGUUAUCUUCAUCCAGGAAAGGACCAUAUAGUUUCUUUAUUUCUACAGGCACUGUUCCAAUAAUCAGAUGUCCAAAAGGGAAUGCUGCAGAAAUGGUAGCAGAGGUAAUCAGGAACUUGCUUCCUUUUUUUUUAUUCUCUUGCCCAAACAAAACAAUAGUUUUUGUUAAUUCUUGAACUCACUCCUCUCUAAAAGGCACACCUCCACCUGGCCAAAAUUUAAAAUAAGCACCCCUCUAUUAACUUAGUGCCUCCUCUCCUUCCCCUUUUUUUCAGGGACGUGCACUGGGAUUUUAAGUAGUGGCCUUGUUUAAUCAUUCUAGUCUGGCCUCACAAAUUUAUACUGAUCUCAUCCAUUUUUUCAUGAAGUUUGGAAAGUUUUCAUCAAAUUCGGAAAGCUGCUUCGAAAACUUAAGGGUCUGAUUAUUUAAACAAAGUUUAGUUCUUGUUUAACAAAACACAUCUGAAACAAUUCUCAAUGUAGCCAAACCUUUUAUCUGAACACGUAUUUUUGUGAACAUUGUCAAUAGGGCUGAAAGCUGACAGUGAAAGGAAAUUUAAUUAAUUAAAUCAACCCUCCUGAAGUGAAAUCCUGAAGUACAAUGCUUGUGUAGAACCAUGGUUUGGAAUAAACCUUGUGUAAAUAACUGGCCCUAGGAGUUUGAGCAUAAUGUAGAUUAUGCUGUUUAUGUGCAAAGUGUGGAUUACCAAAGCAAUCACAUUGGGGAAAUUUUUUAAUAAGGUGCCCCUCCUCUAUUCACCCUUUAACCCCUAAGAGUGACUAGCAUCUAAUUUCUCCUUACAAUAUCACCCUUGAAUCACACUUGAAGGUCAUGAGAAUAAAGGACAUGAUCAGUAACCAGAGAAGCUCUUGAUUGUUAAACAAAUUCUCCUUGUCAGCACCUUAGGAAAUGUAUAGGGAACAUUAUGGAGAAUGUGUGUACUGACGUAAGGGUGUAAUGGGUUAAACACCUCCCUCAAGUGAGCUCCCUCUCUCUCCUUCUCUUGCUCCAUGUUUUUCUGAAAGUAAAAUAAAUGCUUUAGCCACUUGUGGGACUUACUUUACAAUGUUGUGAUUAUUUUAUUAGGGACUGGAUAAAAAGUUGAGAGAAAACUUGAGAGACUCUAGAAACAGUCUGUUUACAGCAGAUAUUCCAUCUGGCCAGUUUAGGUUUGUGUAGAUAUGCACAGCAUCAAAAGUAUGUUUUUAAAAGUUGCGACACCUUUGGCUGUAUGCCUUGCAACAAAUCACUCAAACUCAACCUGGUUUGAAUUUUUGAAAGGAUUACAUUAGUUAAAUGAGCGACUUGUUCUUGAAAACAGCACAAUCAAAUGAAUUAUUAUUUUUUUUUUAUGAGAGUAAUCUUUAGUGACCAGACAGAGAGAUUCAAGACUAACAUAUCUUCACAACAUCAGUUUUCAGCGACCAGUGCUCGUAAUUUUGGACCGUAACAUGGAUCUGUGUACCCCUUUACAUCACACGUGGACAUACCAAGCUCUUGUGCAUGAUGUCCUUGUAAGUCACAAUAUUAUUCUGCUUUGAACUGUCAGUGCUCUCAUCCGUUUUACCCCUAAGUGACUAGAAUCUAAUUUCUCCAAACAAUAUCACCACCAAAACUCACAUUAAGGUCUUGAAAAUAAAGGAAGUGAUCAAAAACUUGAGGAGCUCUUGAUCAUUAGACAAAUUCUCAUUGUCAGCACCUAAGGUAAUGUAUAGAGAGCAGUAUGGAGAAUAUGCAUACUGAUGUUAGGAUGUAAAGGGUUAAUGCCAUCAUUUGUAAUGAUAAAUAAUUGGUGAGCUAAGAUGUUAUCAGUAGCCUAUUAAAUUUAUUAUUUCUCCAGGAUUUACAUCUGAACAGAGUUGUCGUCAAAGAGUCAGCAGCGUCAAACACCCCAGAAUCUGCAGAUCCUCACCACAGACAUCCCAAACAAACAAAAGUUAAGUCAUAUGACCUCAGUGCCACAGAUAAGUUCUGGGGAUUGCACAAAGGAAGGUGAGUGUUCAGACAUGUGACAUCUGUGUAUCAUUUGUUUAACUCUCUAACUCCUGGAAGUGAUUUCACCUAUCUUCUCCCCUAACCUUUUAACCCCUGAGAUUGACCAGUAUCUAACUUCUCCCAACAGUAUAACCCCUGCAUCACACAGUAAGGUCAUGAGAAUAAAGGAAAUGAUCACCUACUAAAUAAUUUUUUGAUUGAUAAACAAACUCUCCUUGUCAGCACUUUAGGAAAUGUAUAGAAAACAGUAUGGAGAAUAUGCAUGCUGAUGUUAGGAUGUAAAGGGUUAAAUAUUCAUACAUUAUCAAGCAAAAUGGUUAUGAGAAUACUAAAACUUAUCAGGUUGAAGUUGUAUAUCUUAAUCUAACAGUAAAUUUACAAGGAAAUGUGUGUCAGCUAGAAGGAAGAAUUAACUUUCAGAUGUUGAGGGUGAUGCUUCCUCUGUGAUUUCCUUUUUCCUUCUUUCAGAUGCUUUUGUUGAAUCAGGGAAAUAUUUUUAGUGAUGAAAUGAGCACCAAAGAAUUUCAAACAUAAUCAUCCAUCAUCAAAACUAAGGUGGCUUGCACCUAAAGUUUUUUGUUUGGUUGGCAAGCAGGCCAUGCUUCAAAUCAUGUGUUGAUUUUUUUUCGCAAUUUGUGAGCUCUUGACUUGUUCUUUAAAUUUUAAAGGUCUGAUGCCAUAACCUGCAAUUUAUGCCUCAUUCUCUUUUUUUGUGUGGUUUUUAUAGUCCUUUCCCGACAGUGGCAGAGUCAAUUCAGAAAGAACUUGAUGAAUACAGAACUUCUGAAGAGGAAGUGAAGAGACUGAAAAAUGUCAUGGUAGGACAUAGAGUUUGUAAACGUUAUAUCAAGAGAUACUUUUAUGCUUCCAUGCACUUGAAAGGUAAUGCUAGGUGAAGUCAGCAAUAGAGCCAAAUUGCUCAUCUGUUGGGAGCUUAUUCUGUUUUCUAUCAGAUGAAGUGAGCAGUAGUAUUACCUCUUCCCCCUGAAUGGGAAGAUAACCUACCACAGGUUUCCUUUUUCCCCCCUCAGCCAGCAUUUCAUGAGGCUUCCCUGACAAUUUGCUGAUAUCCAUUUAUCCUCAUGGGUGGAGAAACACAAUGUGAAUGUAAACACAAUGACCCAUGUCCUAGCACCAGACCUCUCUACUGAGAGCCUAAUGUGCACACUAGCAAUUGGUCAAGAAAGUCAAGUUGCCUUAGAGUCAUCUUGUGUGAAGUCAUGUUGCCCGAUACAUUUAGUCAUGUCACCAGAAGAAAUAAUCACUUUAAAGAUCAGAUUUACCUUACUUACUUAACCCUUUAACUCCCAAGAGUGACUAGCAUCUAAUUUCUCCUUACAAUAUCACCCCUGAAUUAAACAUUAAGAUCAUGAGAAAAACUGAACUGAUUACCAACUAAAGAAGCUCUACAUUGCUAACCAAGUUCCCCUUGUCAGCACCUUAGGAAAUGUAUAGAGAACAGUAUGGAGAUCAUGCAUACUGAUGUUAAGGUGUAAAGGGUUAAAGCUGCUACUAAUUGUUAGGCCACUGUGUCUCUUACAUGUAAGGAUAAAAUUGGUAAUUCUCCUUACUGUCAACCAUACAAUUCUUAUGAUGUUAGUUCAGAGAAUUUAGUAAUGGUUCAACUAAUUAUCCCCAAAUUGAUAUUUUUCUUUAUUUUCAUCACUUGUCUGGUUGAUAUUGUAUUGAUAUUGUAAGGAGAAAUUCUGUCUUAGUCAUUCAUGGGAGUUAAAGGGUUAAAAGUUAUAAAUAACUGACUGCUUAAAGGACUAUGACAAUCAGUUAUUUGUGAAUUGUUGUAAAUGGUUAAUUUCUCUUGCUUUCAUAGGGAAUAGAUGAGAGUAAUGAGGAGGCAAUGGGUGAAUUUAUGGCUGAUAGUACAGCUAAACUUACCUCUGCUGUGAGGUAAAGUCAUUUAUCUCCAAUUUCGUUUAUUUUUGUCGCAAGUGUAAAUCUUCCCUCUUCAGUGUUGAAAGGAGCUCAUAUAAAGAACAUUUACCUCACUGUCUGCAAAUGUUCUUGUCACUUUCACAGCUCACUUCCGGAAUUGCUUGAAAAGAAGAGAAUUAUAGACAUGCACACAACUAUUGCUACAGCUCUUUUGGAACACAUUAAGGUGAGGGCUAAUUCCACAUGGGGCAAACUACACUGUGAUCAUUUACGUCACUUUAUUUCACCUUCUCACUUUUUAAAUUGUUUGUAAAUAUUGACCGUUUUCCUCAGCAAGUUAUAAAAAUCGUUAUUUUUUUUUCAGUCCGGAAAGCUCGAUAUCUACUUUGAGACUGAAGAGAAGAUAAUGAGUAAAGCUACUUUGGUAAGUCAGAAAAACGUCCCAUAAGCUUUGCACCAGAAAUAAACGCUAGAUAAGAAAAACAGGUUUUUUAACCCCAGUAGAACGUGUCCAAAACAAGCUCAUUGCCAAACGAGGUUGUCUUUCAGAUUUAUUCUACUGUGCUUUUAAAAAUUGGCAACUAUUCUAUUUCAGGACAAAUCAAUCCUGGAAAUCAUUCAGGAUCCCGAAGGUUAGUGAAGAGAAUUUUACAUGUGGAAACGUAGUGUAUAUAAAUAAUCAUAAGAGUUUGUAGAAUACAAUCGAAUUCCAAUUUUUCGAUUACUUGCCUUUUCGUAUCAUAUAUAUAUAUAUUUUUUGCAUUCCAUCUUCAGCUGGAACUCCUCAGGAUAAACUUCGCUUAUUUAUCAUUUAUUAUGUUUCUGGACCAACCAUGUCACCGGUGAGUAACCAUUGAGUGUUCUUCGAUGGAUAAUCAGGGAUUGGAUCGAUAUUACUUCGGUAUUACAGCGCGCUCGUCAUUGGCUAAGAAAACUCUCACCAACCAUCCAACCAAUCAGAUGCUUAGCUGAAACCAUUACGAUUAGGUUACCCGCGUUUUUCGCGCUCUAGGCAGUUGUCUCACUUUUACUUUGAGCAAUUAUCGAUUUCUUUGACUUUCUGAUUUCUCAAAGCUCUAUCAGGCUCCAAAAUUACCCUGAACAACCAGCUUAACCUUGCCUUACCGUUUGUCGUUCUCAGGCGGAGCUGGAUCAGUUUUCGUCUGCUUUAUUGGACGCCGGCGCUGACCUUGCUCCAUUAGAAUUCAUCAAGAAGUGGAAGUAAGUGUAAUUGAAUGAGAGUGAGUUAAGAACCACUCAUUAUUUAUCCUGGGGAGGGGGGGGAGUGAGGGGAUUUUGGGGAUUACACGGUUUUCAGGGGGAGCGUGGGGGAAUCAGUAGUCGCUAAACGAGUAGAAAGGGUGGACUAUGAAAAAUUGAGUGCAAAUCAACUGCCAAUAAGGGGGGGGGGGGGUUUAAAAAUAUUACAGAGCCUUAUGGGAAGAUAACGUAAAUUUUGUCGAGAAACAUCCAAAAUCCUCCGACCCCACCCCCCAGGAGACGAAGAAUGACCAAGGAAUCCGUAAUAUCAGGGAAUCUUGAUGCCCCAUUAGACAGAGCAAUUGUCUUGGGAGUCUCGCUUCCUUACUGAAAUGAAUCUUCUUUUAAGAAAACCUGUCAUUGAGCGAGGUAAGAUAAACUGAAAAGAAACUCCAAAAUAAAGAUAUUUCCAUUGUUUUUGUUCUCAGAGCGUUUUCCAAGAUGACAGUUGGACCUCUCCAGUCAGGGGGAGGAGGACAAAACACUUACAGGUCAGAAACUAACCCUUUGACCUUUAAGAGUUACUACCAUCUCUUUUCUUCUUACAUUAGCAUCCCUGAAUCACACAGUAAGGUCACGGAAAUUAAGGAAAUUAUCACCAACUAAAGAAGCUCUCGACUGAUAAACAAAUUCUCCAUGUCGUCACGUAAGGAAAUGUAUAGAGAAAGGUAUGGAGAAUAUGCAUACUCAUCUCAGGGUGUGGAAGGUUAAGAUAGUGUAAGACUGAGAGGAUGCCCUCUCAUUACCCACCUACACUGACACAGAACGCUUUCGACCUGGCUUUGCCCUUGAAUCUACCUUUCCCGCCCUGCAGAGGGGUUGAACCCGGGCCAAAGCGGAAGGCGGGGCUAAACCCCUGCCCGGUGGCGGAAGUGAGAGUUCAAGGACUACAUUAAUUACUUUACACCUGGGCGAUCCUAGCAGUACAAGCGUUUCCUGCUGUUCUUGCCUUGAUUACUUUUGUGGUUGUGAUUGCCUCUCAGAAGCACACCAAUUUUUUUGUUAGUUUUUAGUUAAUGUCGAAGUAAUCCGCGAUUGCAUUGGUUUUUACUUCAUCAAGUUGGUUGACAGGUCGAGAAGCUCGCGCUUCCUUCUCGACUAACCAGAUGCAAAACUAUAUUGAAAAGCAUUCUAAUGGCUGUGGCCUUGCCAUUAUAUAUUUUAGCUACAAACAGCUUUGUUGUCUUUUUUUUUUCCAGUGCAAUGUUUUCACGGUUCAUGAACAGCGGAUCACAAUUCGUUAUGGAGGGUGUGAAGAACCUUGUGGUCGGAAACAAGGUGAGUGGCGGAUCACUGCUUAAAAAAUGUUUUAGAAGUAUAUAAGUGACUUGAAUGGUCUCUUGGAAACAGGGAUCUUUCGGAUAUAAUUUUUUUCUAAAUGGGUAUCAGAUAAUGAUAAGCAGUGACUUUAAAAAAGAGAUAAUAAGCCAUUUGUUCAAUUUUCCUCAACAGAAUUUACCAGUCACACGGAUUGUCGACGCUCUAAUGGAUAACAAGUCAAGUCCGGUAAGAAUGAGGGCUUGUCUUACUUAUGGUUCACCGCACUGUAUUCAUGUAUUUUCGGAGCAUCUCGUGAGACAAAUUUUAUGCUGUGUAACUCUUUUCUCUGUAGGUAUCAUGUGCUUCGUUCCCUUAUCUUAUUCUUACCUUUUGCUUCGUGAAGAAGAUGAAUUUUAAUUUAUAAAUAAAAUAACUUAACAUUUAUUUAACAGAUUAUUGCAAAACAAUAUUAUUUUAAGUACUUCUCAGUAGCUUUUAUCCGAUUGGCCACAAAAUUACUUCCUAAAGUUAAAACUGCUUUUCGGUAGAUUGGAGAAAACUUUCUUAAUCGUUGAUUUUUCUGUCCAAACCCUUUUGUUUUCAAGGAAACUGACGAGUACAGAUAUUUUGAUCCAAAGAUGUUACGGGUCACAGACAGGUAAUAAUUAUUGAAAAAGUAAAUCUGUGCAUUGUAUUUAUGACAUUCAUGAGGGGAAAAAAAAUACGAAUAAAAGCUUUCAUGCGAGAGAGACCCCUGUACCCCUGUGUGAACCUGUUCAUUUGGCCCCUAUGGCCAGAGAAUUUUAACCCUUUACCCCUGAGAGUGACUGUCAUCUAUUUUCUCUCACAACAUCACCCCUGAAUCACACAUUAAGGCCACGAAAAUGAAGAAAAUGAUCACCAACUAAAGAAGCUCUUGAUUGUUAAACAAAUUCUCCUGUCAGCACCUUAGGAAAUGUAUAGAGAACAGUAUGGAGAAUAUGUAUACUGAAGUAAGGGUGAAAAGGGUUCAUGUUUGUUUUCUUUCUACAGUUUUUCCAUUCCUCGAAAUAAAACACCGUUUAAUGAGGUAAGAAUUACGUUGAAGAAUAUUUGCGCAGUUUUUUUAUGUAGUUGAUCGCGAAUAUUCUUAAGUUGUUGGCUCUAAAUAAUGCUCUUGGUAAUAAUUGUCUCAUGGUCCUUAUUUACAUUUGGAAGAGUGAUUAAGUUGUUGGUCAUACAUUAUAUUCAAAUAUUAAUCAUCUUGUUGGUCCUCGUUUAAAUUUCUGUACAUGUUCAACAGGCGAUCGUGUUCAUCGUAGGAGGUGGAAAUUACAUCGAAUAUCAGAACCUGGUGGAUUACAGUAAAGUGAGUGUCCUGAUAUUCUUGCAUUAUUUCAUACAAAUGGUUUAUUCCUGCAGGAUAGUUGGCACUUGUGUUUAUUUGAAAUACUGUUUUGGUUUCCUUUUGAAAUGAUGACAGCUGAGACGAUAACCUCGUAUGUAAGUUCUCAAUGAGUUUUCAACAAGUUUUCUCCCUCCCCUCCCCUCCCAUAAGCCCUUCCUUUAAAAAAAGUCGGUAAAUCGAUAAGCCUCCUCUGACCCCGUCUUCCAUUAGGAGGGUAUGUCAGGCCACUUACUGUAAAAACUUCGCUAAAUGCACUUUUCUCACAUUUCAGAGGCACUCCGGUGCCAAAAAGCUGUUAUAUGGUGCUAGUGAAGUAAUGAACGCUUCUCAGUUUCUUAAACAGGUUCGUCUUCAUCGAUGA